UCACAAUUGCAACAAAUCAUUACGUGUUUAUUUACAAAGCAAAUGUGAAUAUAUUAAAUAAUUUACUGUAACGGACAACUGUAGCAAACAGUUGAUUAGUCAUUUAUCAAUUUUAUUGAGCAUUGACGUGGAAUUUCUAUCGAAAUCAUCUUGAAUAGUUACAAGCUAUACACUAAAAAUGAAGAAGUACAGGAGAAAAGAUUCUUCGAGCGAGAAUAGCGAUGUCGAUAGUGAGGAAGAACGGCGAAAAAAGGAUAUCAAAGAAAGGGAUGAAUUUGCUAGUCGCCUCAAAGCAAAAGAUGACGAUAAAGUGCGAAAAAUUGCAAUGCCAGCAAACUCUGGAGCUGCUGAAGCAGCUAAAAGACUCAAAAUCAUGGAAGAGGCAUCCAAGGAAAAACUUUUACCAAAGUUACGUAUAGAAUCACGCAGAAAAUAUUUGGAAAAACGUAAAGAAGACAAAGUUGCUGAAUUAGAAGCUGACAUUGUUGAUGAUGAGUAUUUGUUUGAUGAAGAAAUAUUGACAGAAAAAGAAAAGAGAGAAAGGGCACACAAAAAAGAAUUGCUCAGAUUAGCGAAAGAACAUGAAAAAGCAAGGGAACUUGAAAAAAUUCAGCGUUACCACAUGCCACUGGAGAAAGGAAAGCCUCCACCCGAUACCGAAUAUAUUGAUAAAGAACCACCUCAAUCAGAACAGAACAAAUGGGAAUCUGAUCAAAUGUCCGCUGCAGUAUACAGGUUUGGUGCAAGAGACAGAAAAGUUGAUGAAGAAUACGAGCUUCUUCUGGAGGAUGAAAUUGAAUUUGUUCAGUCUCUUCAACUUGCUGGAGAUAAGAAAGAUAAAAAAGAUGUACCUGCACCUACGGAACGCAAGUUAACAAGCAUCGAAGAAACUCAAAAGAGUUUACCUGUGUACAAGUACAAAAAAGAACUUAUUCAGGCUAUCAGAGACCACCAGAUCCUUAUUGUUAGAGGUGAAACUGGAUCUGGUAAAACCACUCAAAUACCACAGUAUCUAUACGAAGCUGGAUUCACGAAAGAUGACAAAUUGAUUGGCUGCACACAGCCAAGACGAGUUGCAGCCAUGUCAGUUGCUGCCCGAGUUGCCCAUGAAAUGGGAGUUAAGUUAGGAAAUGAGGUUGGUUACGCUAUUCGAUUUGAAGAUUGUACAUCACAUCGCACGCGAAUCAAAUACAUGACAGAUGGUACUCUGCACAGGGAAUUUCUCAGUGAACCAGAUCUCGCAUCUUAUAGCGUAAUGAUUAUUGAUGAAGCUCACGAAAGAACAUUACAUACCGAUAUCCUGUUUGGGUUAAUCAAAGAUAUAGCGCGUUUUCGAUCUGAUCUGAAACUUAUUAUUUCGUCUGCUACUCUGGAUGCGAGCAAAUUUGCUGAAUUUUUCGACGAGGCCCCGAUUUUCUUAGUUCCCGGAAGGCGAUAUACCGUUGAUAUAUUUUAUACAAAAGCACCCGAAGCCGACUACAUCGAUGCAGCGGUGGUUACGGUUUUACAAAUACACACGACUCAACCUCCAGGAGAUGUACUUGUAUUUCUUACAGGUCAAGAAGAAAUUGAAACUUGCCACGAAAUGCUUCAAGAUAGGGCUAAAAGAUUAGGCAGUAAGGUAUCAGAACUCAUAAUUGUACCUGUGUAUGCCAAUCUGCCGAGUGAGAUGCAGGCUAAAAUCUUUUUGCCAACGCCUCCUGGGGCUAGAAAGGUCGUAUUAGCCACAAAUAUUGCCGAGACCUCUUUAACGAUAGACAAUAUAAUUUACGUCAUCGACCCUGGAUUUGCAAAACAGAAUAACUUUAAUUCUCGAACAGGAAUGGAAAGUUUAAUGGUCGUACCUAUCAGUAAAGCUUCUGCAAAUCAGAGAGCAGGAAGAGCUGGGAGAGUCGCUCCGGGCAAAUGUUUUAGACUAUACACAUCUUGGGCCUAUCAAUAUGAAAUGGAAGAAAAUACAGUUCCAGAAAUUCAACGUAUUAAUUUAGGCAAUGCGGUUUUAACUCUGAAAGCCUUGGGCAUCAAUGAUUUGGUCCACUUUGAUUUUCUGGAUCCACCACCCCACGAAACGUUAAUAUUGGCGUUAGAACAGCUCUACGCGUUAGGUGCACUCAACCAUCGAGGUGAACUCACGAAACUUGGCAGAAGAAUGGCCGAGUUUCCAGUCGACCCAAUGAUGGCAAAAAUGUUAAUGGCCAGCGAAAAGUAUCGUUGCUCUGAAGAAAUGGCGACCAUUUCUGCUAUGCUGUCCGUAAAUGGUGCAAUAUUUUACAGACCAAAAGAUAAAAUUAUUUACGCGGAUGCUGCUCGUAAAAAUUUCAACGUCCCUGGUGGUGAUCACCUUGUUCUUCUCAACGUUUACAAUCAGUGGCAGCAAAGCGAUUACAGCACGGAAUGGUGUUAUUCAAAUUUCAUUCAAUACAAAUCAAUGAAAAGGGCUAGAGAUGUAAGAGAACAAUUGGUAGGGUUGAUGCAGCGUGUAGAAAUGGAUUUAGUUUCUGGCAUAAAUGAAACCAUUAACAUGAGAAAGGCAAUUACGGCUGGUUACUUUUAUCAUGUGGCUAAAUUAUCAAAAGGAGGAAAUUAUAAAACGGCAAAGCACAAUCAAACUGUGUCUAUUCAUCCUAAUAGCUCUCUUUUUCAAGAGUUACCUCGAUGGAUCUUGUACCACGAGUUGGUAUUUACAACAAAAGAGUUUAUGCGGCAGGUCACAGAAAUCGAAUCCAAAUGGCUUUUAGAAGUCGCUCCGCAUUAUUAUAAACCCAAAGAGCUUGAAGACUCGACAAACAAAAAAAUGCCGAAAGUCGCUGGCCGAGCUCAUCUCGAUGGAACGAAUUAA